AUGCCCAACUCUGAACAAUCUCCCGCCGCUCUGAAGCACGAGGCUUCGGAAGAUCCUGCUAUGGCGACAGAAGAGGCGACUGCACCUCAAGAGGCGGAGGCUGCCACGCAAGGGACGAGCACUCCGGCGGAAACCGGCAGCGCCACAGACGGUAACCCCGCCGAUGCGUCCAAGCCAUCGGCCGCUGCAGACGAGGCGACUGGAGAAGUCGAAGAUGCUGAAAUGGGGGGUGUAGAAGACGAAGCCAAAGGUAAAGACGCGGUCUUGGAGACAGGGAAUGAUGGUCAAGAAGGACUUGCUAAUGAGGCUGUAGAUGGACAAUCUGAACAGACGAAAUCUGCACUCGAAGCCGCAGCUAGCUCUCACUUGGUUGCGCAGACACAUCAAAUCAUCCUCCCAAGCUACAGCACAUGGUUCGACAUGACAACGAUACAUCCGCUCGAGAAGAAAUCCCUGCCAGAGUUUUUCAAUAGCAGGAAUCGCAGUAAAACACCUGCCGUCUACAAGGACUACCGCGAUUUCAUGAUCAAUUCGUACAGAUUGAACCCCAUCGAAUACCUGACUGUGACCGCGUGUCGGAGGAAUUUGGCUGGCGAUGUGUGCGCGAUUAUGCGUGUGCAUGCCUUUUUGGAACAAUGGGGCCUCAUCAAUUACCAGGUCGAUCCCCAAACCCGGCCCGCCCAUAUCGGUCCUCCUUUUACUGGGCACUUCAAAAUCACGGCAGACACUCCUCGCGGACUCCAACCAUUCCAGCCUGCCCAGAAGACGAUAACCACCCCUGGGAAGCCACAUCCUUCAACCGACCGCGCUAAAUCUGCCACACCCGCGUCCAAGGCGGAUCUGAACCUCGAGGUUCGGAGGAACGUCUACGAUGACAAGGGCAAAGAGGUCAAGGCAAGUGAGGAGCCGGGAAAGCAGGAAAACGGAGAUGGACCGUCGGCAAAUGGCGAAACCAAAGCAAUGGUUUCGGCUGCAAAAGCACCCAUCAAAACGUUCAAUUGCUAUGCUUGUGGCGUCGAUUGCACUCGCUCUCGGUUUCAUUAUGCCAAGUCAGACACGGUGUCGAAUGCUACUGGAGACAACAAGUACGACCUGUGUCCCAACUGCUAUCUCCAAUCCAGAAUGCCCAGCAACCACCGAUCAUCGGAUUUUGUGAAGAUGGACGAGCCCGCAUACUCGCAUAUUCCAGACAAGAAUGCACCUUGGACAGAUUCAGAAACGUUGUUGCUGCUGGAGGCAAUGGAAACGUUCGACGACAACUGGGAGGCAAUCUCCAAACACGUGGGAACGAGGACGAGAGAAGAGUGCGUGCUCAAAUUCUUGCAGCUAGACAUCCAAGACCCAUAUCUCGAGGACGGUCCUCUCAAAGGUAACGGCAUUAUGAAGGCGCUAUCUGGAAGAAGUCCGUUCAACCAGUCGGACAAUCCGGUCAUGUCGGUCAUGGCUUUCCUCACUCAAAUGGCCGACCCAAAGGUUGUUGCUGCGGCUGCCGGUCGAUCUAUUGAGGUGAUGCAGAAAGAGAUACGAGCACAACUUGAGAAGGGAAUGGGUGGAGGCGAGGCAGACUCAACCAAGGGCAAAGAGAAGGUCAAGGCUGAGGAUACAAUGGAGGUUGACGAGUCGGCUGCGGAAACAAAGACCGAUGCUGACGCGGACGGUGCUGAUGCGGCUGCAGCGGUCGUGACUGACGUUGCUACUGUAGGAACGGCCACUGCGGCGGCACGAUCUAGCGGACUCGCGUCUUACGAGGAGCGCGAACUGACGCGCAUGAUCGGUGCAGGCGUCAACCUCACCUUACAGAAACUCGAGAUGAAGUUGUCGCAGUUUUCGGAGAUGGAGGAAACUGUGCAGACGGAGCGCAAAGAUGUGGAAAAGAGCCGACAACAACUGUUCUUGGAUCGGCUCGCGUUCAAGAAGAGGGUGGUUGACAUGGAGAAUGCCUUCCGACAAGCGAGCCUGAAGAAUCCCGAGGAGGGCAUGAGGAUGAUGCGGGAUGCAGUCAACAGCAAUGCAAACCAGCGAUUCGGAUUCCAGGACGGAACAGACGAGGGUAGUGGAGGUCAACCACCACUGAUGAGCAAAGGAACCGAGGAGAAGAGGACUAUUGAGGUCUAG